CUGAGCUGCUGAGCGGAGAGGUUCCUAUAAGGUGUCAGGAUGUCGCUAUCUAUUUCUCCAUGGAGGAGUGGGAGUAUUUAGAAGAACACAAGGAUCUGUACAAGGACGUCAUGAUGGAGAAUCACCAGUCCCUCACACCACCAGAUGGAUCCAGUCAGAGAAAUCCACCAGAGAGAUGUCCCAGUCCUCAGUAUUCCCAGGACUGUCCAGAGGAAAUGCAGAAUGUCCCACUGGAUCAUCAGGAAAGUUCUGGUGAAACGACGAGUGGACUUGAAAAACCCAUCGCGGUGUCUGUGAAUGUGGAAGACGGGAUGAGCGACUCCUAUGGACAUCUCCAUUUAUCUUCCCAUCAUGAAGCAGAAGAUAACAAUACCACAGAAGAUGAUUCAAUAACUCCUAAUGUACCCUCAGUCCUUCACAGCAGAGAUCUAUCCACUGAUACUGCUGGUCACAAGAAACCUUCAUCCAAGCAAUUACUGAUUGGUAAAACAAGAACUAAACAAAAAUGUGGGAACAUUUUUUCUAGUGAGAAACGUUUUAAAAAGAAAUCUAAUCUUUUUUUGCAUGAGAGCAAUUGCAGAGUUAAUGGGUCAUUUUCAUGCUUGACAUGUGGAAAAUCUUUUAGCAUGAAAUCCAUUCUAGUUAGACAUCAGAGAACUCACAUAGGGGAGAAUCCGUAUUCAUGUCCUGAAUGUGGAAAAAGCUUUAACGAUCAAUCAAAUUUUAUUCGGCAUCAAAGAACUCAUACAGGGGAGAAGCCAUAUUCAUGUCCUGAAUGUGGAAAGUGCUUUAGUCAGAAAUCCAUUUUAGUUACACAUCAGAGAACUCACACCGGGGAAAAUCCAUAUUCAUGUCCUGAAUGUGGGAAAGGCUUUAACAAUCAAUCAAAUUUUAUUCGGCAUCAGAGAACUCAUACAGGGGAGAAGCCAUUUUCAUGUCUUGAAUGUGAAAAGUGCUUUAGUCAGAAAUCCAUUCUUGUUACACAUCAGAGAACUCACACAGGGGAGAAUCCAUAUUCAUGUCCUGAAUGUGGGAAACGCUUUAACAAUCAAUCAAAUUUUAUUCGGCAUCAGAGAACUCAUACAGGGGAGAAGUCAUUUUUAGGUCUUCAAUGUGGAAAAUCUUUUAGCAUGAAAUCCAUUCUAGUUAGACAUCAGAGAACUCGCUCAGAGGAGAAGCCAUAUUCAUGCCCAGAAUGUGGGAAAUCUUUUAGUCUGAAAACGUGUCUUGUUAGACAUCAGAGAACUCACAUAAGGGAGAAUCCGUAUUCAUGUCCUGUAUGUGGGAAAGGCUUUAACAAUCAGUCAAGUUUUACUAGGCAUCAGAGAACUCAUACAGGGGAGAAGCCAUUUUCAUGUCUUGAAUGUGGAAAGUGCUUUAGUCAGAAAUCCAUUCUAGUUACACAUCAGAGAACUCACACAGGGGAGAAUCCAUAUUCAUGUCCUAAAUGUGGGAAAGGCUUUAAAAAUCAAUCAAAUUUUUUUCGUCAUCAGAGAGCUCACACAGGGGAGAAGCCAUGUAUGUGUCUUGAAUGUGGUAAGUAUUUUGAUGCGAAAUCAAUGCUUAUAAAACAUGUAAUAAGUCACACAGGAGAGAAGCCAUUUUCAUCUUCAGAAUGUGUGAAACCUUUUAGCAAGAAAUCACAUGUUGAGGAACAUGAAAAACUCCACUUAGAGGAGAAGCCAUUUUUAUGUUCACAAUGUGGGAAAUGCUUUAAGACUCAAACAAGUUUUUUUCGGCAUCAGAGAACUCACACAGGGGAGAAGCCAUUUUCAUGUCUUGAAUGUGGAAAGUGCUUUAGUCUGAAAACAUGUCUUGUUAGACAUAAGAGAACUCAUACAGGGGAGAAGCUAUUUUCAUGUCUUGAAUGUGGAAAGUGCUUUAGUCGGAAAUCAAAUCUUGUUGCACAUCAGAGAACUCACACAGGGGAGAAGUCAUUUUCAUGUCUUGAAUGUGAAAAGUGUUUUAGUCGGAAAUCAAAUCUUGUUGCCCAUCAGAGAAGUCACACAGGGGAGAAGCCAUUUUCAUGUUCAGAAUGUGGGAAAUGUUUUGGUCAGAAAUCAAAUCUUGUUAAACAUCAGAGAAGUCACACAGGGGAGAAGCCAUUUAUGUGUUCUGAAUGUGGGAAGUGUUUUGGUGUGAAAUCAUUGCUUAUACAACAUCUAAGAAGUCACACAAGAGGGAAUCCAUUUUAAUGCUCAGAAUGUGAGAAACAUCUUGUGAAACAUCUAAGAACCUACUUAGGAGAAAAGCCAUUUUCAUGUCUUAAAUGCAGUAAAUCUUUUGGUAUAAAGCAAAUCUUGUCAGACAUCAGAGAACUCACACAAGUGAGAAGCAAUUUUCAUGUUCAGAAUGUGGGAAAUGUUUCACCUGUCAAGCAACUGUUGGUCGACAUCACAGAAGCCAUAUUUAUGUGGAAAAUGUGAGAAGUCUUGCUAAAUAUGAGAGAAUCCACUUAGAAGAGAAGCCAUUGUAAUGUUAAGAUUAUAAGACGUGAGAGAUAUGGAGCUUCAUUGUGAGACCUGCUGCCUAAUCAUGUCUUUUGUAUAACUUAAAAUGGUUGUCCAGUUUCCCAUAUUAAUAACCUAUCCUCAGGAUAAUCAGUCGACCAGUAUGCACCGACAUUGAGAACGUGUAGAAGAGAUCUGGGACCACAUUUCAGUCGAGACAUGCUUGAAUUUUAUCAAUAGCGUGCCCAGUACUGACAGACUGCAGAAGGAGAGACAUUGCAUUUGGUCAAACCCUUUUCCACCAUCAAUCAGACAGCAUACGGUAAACGGUAAAAAGGAACUCUGUGGGCAGUAUUGAACCUAUGAGGUCUGGACUAAAGGAAAUGCAGCUGGUUGGGAUGCUGUAUAUGGUCCUGAAGUGAACUGAGCCAAGCUCGGACUGGCCCACAGGGGUACAGGUGAAUCCACCGGUGGGUCCCUGAACAAGGUGGACCCCUAAUCUCCCACCCCUUGCAUAAGUGGCAUAUAACAUUGUAGACUUGCUGCACUACAUAAAUAUACAGUUAGGUGCAUAUAUAUUUGGACAGAGAUUACAUUUUUCUAAUUUUUGUUCUGUACAUAACCACAAUGGAUUUUAAACAAAACAAUUCAGAUGCAGUUGAAGUUCAGACUUUCAGCUUUAAUUCAGUGGGUUAGAUUGCAAAAAAAAGCAUCUUUUAAACUCAAUACCUUCAUUUCAGGGGUUCAAAAGUAAUUGAACAAAUUAAAUAAUUGUCAAUAAAAUGUUAAUUUCUAAUACUUGGUUCAAAACUCUUUGACAAUGACUGCCUGAAGUCUUGAACUCAUGGACAUCACCAGACGCUGUGUUUCUUCCACUUUAAUACUCGGCCCGGCCUUUACUGCAGCGGUUUUCAGUUGCUG